AUGAUGCCUGGAGGCUUGUCAGGGGCCAGACCUGCCACACCAAGAAAUCCAAGAGAUCGCGGACAAGUCAAGCCACUGCUUGAAAAGAAAACCAAUGAGAAAAAUGAAAAAUUCAAAGCUGUCGAGUAUAAAUCCCAAGUCAUCCAAGGACAAAAUUACUUUAUUAAGAGGGAUGUGGGGCAUGGUUGCUUCGCCCACAGAAAAGUCUUCCAGGGUCUUUCUGGAGAGGAUGAUUUGGAACUUAGUGGUUACCAGACUAACAAAACCAAGAAUGAUGAGCUGACCUACUUCUAA